CUGCAUAGCUUGAUGGACAUCUGUGGCAGGAGCCAGAGUCAGGUCGUCUGGGAAGCCAGAGCCACUGUGAAGAAGCCUCUGCCACCACGCAUCUCCAGAGUGAAUGGCUGGUCUCUGCCGCUGCAUUUCUUCCAGAUGGUGGCCUGGAUCACCUUCCUGAUCAUGUCCUUCACCAUGUUUGGGGUCUUCAUUCCCCUUUUGCCACACGAGUGGAAAUAUAUUGCCUACACUCUGACUGGCGGGCUCCACGCUUUCUAUGCCACGGUCCACCUGAUCACAGUUUCCAUCGAUCCAGCUGAGGCCAACGUGCGAUUCAAGAAGAACUAUUCUGAUCCCCUGCCGACUCUUGACCGAUCCAAACACGCACACGUGAUUCAGAACCAGUAUUGUCACGUGUGCAAGGUCACUGUGAGCGCAAAGGCCAAGCACUGCAGCGCCUGCAACAAGUGCGUGAGUGGCUUCGACCACCACUGCAAGUGGCUCAACAACUGCGUGGGGAGCAGGAACUACCGGUACUUCUUUGGCUCCGUGGCCUCGGCCUUCGCCGGCCUGCUCUGCGUGAUGGUCAUCCUGGUGUACGUCCUCACCCAGUACCUCGUGGACCCCAGCAGGCUCCGCACGGACCCCGCGUAUAAAAGUGUCAAGAAUAAGGACACCUGGCUGCUCUUCCUCCCCUUGUUCCCUGUGAAGGUGGAGACCCCAGCGGUCCUGUGCGUCUGGGUGUUUGUGCUGAUGCUGGCCACCACCAGCUUCCUGCUGCUCGGGCACCUGCUCAUCUUCCACGUGUUCCUGCAGUUCAAGAAGCUGAGCACGUUUGAAUACAUGACACAGGCCCCACAGCCAUGUUGCUCCAAAACAUCAUCAGAGAAGAAAGAUGUGCAAAUGGAGGAAAGGCUUGCACAGACUUCGAGGAGUUGGCAACAAUGUACAGGACAGUCUGUGACAGUAGACGAUGCUGAAAAUAAAGGCGUAGCUUCAGGAGCCAGGGUGCCCACGCUGGCCAAGUCCCGCGCCCCGGAGCCCUUCACCCCCGUGGAGAUCCCGCUUGGGCAGUCAGACCUGGAAAGCCUCUCCUUCCUCCACCCACUGCAGUCCAGCAGCCAGAGGGUGCCAUCCAAGAAGCCCCCGGCCUCAGAGUCCACCUCCAGCAGCAGCCGCCUGGCACCUCGAGAGGAGCAGACCCCACGGCAGGGCAGCCGGCCCCAGGACGACCCAUGCCCACAAAUGGCAGAGAAGGCAGCCCCGGGCAGCACCGCGCUCUCCAGCCAGGAGGCCACAGGCUCCCCCAGUGCUCGGGGACAGCUAGUGGCUGAAACCCCUGUUCUCCGCGAGGAGCUCGGUGGCCCCGCCUCUGGUCCCUGCACACACAGCAGCGGGGCCUAGCCAUGACCCGCUCGCCACCUGGCGUGGGCCUGCCUCCCAUGUGGAGAGAGUCAAGGACAGACGAGGGCCACAGCUCGCUCUCUGACUGUUUUGGUUGCGUGAAAAGAUUUUAGUGAACUCUGUGUUUUACUCAGCUAAGUAGUCAUAGUUUAAAAACAUUCAUUGUUUUCUAGACAUAUCUGUAAGUUUAAUUUUUAAGGAAAGUUUUUAGAAUUUAGAUAGAAUAAGACAGGAAAUAAUAAAAAUCAAUUUUAAUGGCAAUAAACUUGAAAUCAGU